UGUAAGCGUUACCGUCUCCUGCUUCCUUAAACUCCUCCGGAUUAGACCAUCUCUACUUGCAGGGGACGCCACUAACAUACCGUCUCUUUUCUCACAGAAAGGGGCAUCUCUGGGUUGCACGCUGCAUAACACAUCGCAAAUCUAAUGCCACAGAUAACAUAAAACACGCAUGUUAUGCAUCAACUGCAUCAUAGGGAAGCUGGAGGCAACACACUGAAAGAUUCUCCCCCAGCUUUGUACCUUGUUUUAGUACGCUCUCCGGGUUUCCAGACUUCCAAGGCAGCGAGAGAUGUUUUAAAUGCGUUGGGCUGUCAGCGAUUGGCCUGCUUGCGUAUCAUCUGCUCGAGAGAGGCGCACAGGUGAGCUCUUCCUGGCCUGCAGACAGUGACUGCAAUAAGAUAUGUGUCACAAAGAUGUCCACUCGCAGCUGCCAGGGAUCCGAUUCAGUCAUCAAACCCCUGGACACUAUUCCUGAAGAUAGGAAGGUACGAGUACAGAGGACACAGAGCGGCUUCGAUCCCUUCGAGAAACCGGCCAGUCAGGUCAAGAGAGUUCACUCGGAGAAUAAUGCCUGCAUCAACUCCAAAAGUUCAUCCGCUGGAAAAGAGUCUCCGAAACUCCGGCGUCACUCCAGCCCCAGUUCUCCAACAAGCCCAAAGUUCGGAAAGGCGGAUUCAUAUGAAAAGCUGGAGAAGCUCGGAGAGGGAUCAUAUGCUACUGUUUACAAAGGAAAGAGCAAGGUGAACGGGAAGUUGGUGGCAUUGAAGGUGAUUCGUCUACAAGAGGAGGAAGGAACUCCUUUCACUGCCAUCAGAGAGGCAUCUCUUCUGAAGGGUUUAAAACACGCAAACAUCGUUCUGCUUCAUGACAUCAUUCACACUAAAGAGACAUUGACGCUGGUCUUUGAGUAUGUGCACACAGAUUUGUGCCAAUACAUGGACAAACAUCCUGGAGGUCUCCAUCCAGACAAUGUUAGGCUCUUCCUUUUCCAAUUACUGCGAGGUCUGUCGUAUAUCCAUCAACGGUACAUCCUUCACAGAGACCUGAAACCACAAAAUCUACUCAUCAGUGAGAUGGGGGAACUCAAACUGGCUGACUUCGGUCUGGCACGUGCGAAGUCUGUCCCCAGUCACACAUACUCGAAUGAAGUGGUUACUCUGUGGUACCGGCCACCAGAUGUUCUGCUCGGAUCCACCGACUAUUCCACCUGUCUGGAUAUGUGGGGUGUUGGGUGCAUUUUUGUGGAAAUGAUCCAGGGAGUCGCAGCGUUCCCAGGCAUGAAGGAUAUCCAGGAUCAGCUGGAGAGGAUAUUCCUGGUUUUGGGAACUCCCUCAGAGGACACGUGGCCAGGUGUUCAUAUGCUCCCACACUUCAAACCAGAUCGCUUUACUGUGUACAGCCCUAAAAAACUGAGGCAAGCCUGGAAUAAGUUGGGUUAUGUAGAUCAUGCAGAAGAGUUGGCGUCCGGAUUUCUUCAGUGCUUCCCAAAGAAGCGUCUCUCAGCCCAGGCAGCUCUUAACCAUGAAUACUUCAGCCAUUUGCCUCCACGACUCUGGGAACUGCCUGACAUGUCUUUGAUCUUCACCGUCCCGACCGUGAAGUUGCAGCCAGAAUCUGCAGACAGCACCCAGGUGUGCAGCAAGACCAACAGUCACGGCAAAAGCACGUCGGCCGGCAAGCACUGACCUGCAGGAGUCCAACCAGACGUCAUCCAGGUUGCUGCUGUGGCCCGUCAGAAAUGAAGAAGAUAAAGAUGAAAAAAUAGAGGAACGACUCACAUUUUUAUUUAAAUGAUUUGAUUUUAGGUUAUUUUGUGGUACUGAGAGUCUGACGGGCCGAUGAGACCGCAUGCGUCCAGUCAAAUCUGAGUUUGAUCAUCUUUUUCUUUUGUUCCCACUGUUUUUCUGAGGAACGUUGUGUACGUUCACACGUCGACUACGUGCGAACAUCAUUCGGUGACGCUGAAGGAAGGACUUCAAUAAUACGAACUGUUUGUGUAUGUAGCUACCUAUGUACGAAUGUCUGUACAGUAAACUAUCUGUAUGUCAUAUAGAGAACAAACCAAAUCCCCUCCGGCUCGCGAUCGCACGCUAAAGAGACAUCUGCGCACACACGAGCGAUGUUUGAGAGCUAACAUUGAGCACUUCAUCUUCCACAUUCUGGGCUACGGUUUGGUCCACCUGUGCCCCCGAGAAACUCUUCAAUAACAUCACAAUAAUAAUAAUACAGUAAUAUUGAUAAUGGCACUGAUGAUGGUGGUUUUGAUGCUCUUUUAGUCUGAUGGUGCACAUGAAGUCUCUGCAGGGACGCCGCUAAAGCAAUGAACACCAUCACUUAUCGACUGAGACAUCAUCGUCUCCGUCUGUGUGUCUCUUGUGUGUUCAGAUGUUGUGUUAAAAACAGGCAAUACGCUUGCACUGGUGCUAUUGUGCAUGAAGAGAAGAAACUGAAAUUUGGUCGUCCAUGUUUGAAAUGAGAUUAUUUUAUUCUUGCUGUUUCAUUCGAAGGCCCAUGACAAUCUAAUAACAAAUUGCACUCGUCACUAAAUGGAUCAAUAGGCAUUUUUGCAACCUUUGUUUUAUGUUUAUUGUUAAAGACUCAAAUGGAAUCUAAUUGCUUGUGUAAGGGGUCAGAAAUGCUAAUGCUGGUCUGAUCUAAUGGUAUUAGAGGUGUUUGGGGAUCUUGGGAGACCAGUUCAAAACCACCUUAGGCUGUUUUAAGCUUAAUAAAACUGUACCUUAAAGGCUUUUCUUAGGCAUAAGUCAAUUUCUGUUAGAUCUAAGGUCAUCUGAAUGUUAGCACUAUACAUGCUUUAUUUUUAAAGGUUUAUAUGUACAAAAAAGUUCAUGUUUAACCCUUAACUGGCGCUGUCCCGUGAGCGAGACACCUGAGUUUACUUCAGUAUUUUGCAAAAAACUAUAUAUGGUUGGAAAGCUCUAAGAAUAUAGUUUUCUUUUUUCAAAACAUUUAAACAGUAAUAAUAAUGCAGUAACAGUCAUUUAUUAAUUUGUGACAAGAGUAUGCAGCAAACCGUUGACACCUAGGGGCCAUUGUUGGUAAAACCACUAAAAGUCUAAUACAAACUAGAUUAUUUUAUGUAUAAAAUAUGUAUUUUACUGCAUUCUUUUGUUUAUUAUAAUAAAUGUAAUCUGCUAUGACAAUUUAUUUAUUUAAUAUUUUCACCUCCAGACACUUCCGUUUAAAGUGUCUUCUUUAAAACAAGAACAAGAGUUACAUUCAUUUAAAAAUCAAUAUAAUUUGAAAUCAUCUUUUCACACCCCCCCAAAAAAGGGGCUGCGGCAGUAAAAGGGUUAAAUAAAAAAGAAAGUGUGCACUGCAAAAAAUGAUUUUCAAGAAAAAAUGUAUUAGUAUUUUUGUCUUGUUUUCAGUAAAAAUAUCAAAAAAUUCUUAAAUUAAGAUGCUUUUUCAUUAUGAGCAAAACAACCCAAGAAAGUAAUUAGACAAAAAAUAUCAAAUUUAAGUGAUUUUGUGCAUAAAACAAGCAGAAAAAUCUGCCAAUGAGGUAAGCAAAAAAAAACUUUGGUCGUUAAACUACUUAUUUUCUUGGGUUGUUUUGCUCAUCAAGAAAAAGCAUCUUAAUUUAAGUUUUUUUUAGAUAUUUUUACUGAAAACAAAAAUCAUUUUUUGUAGUGUGGUAGGUGUAAACUGGAUUUCUCUGGAUCAAAAAUAUGAAUGACACCUUGAGAAAGUGUUUUGAUCUGUGAUGCAUGAUGCCGUCUCUAAUACCACCUGACUCUGACUGGCAAAGUACAGUAACAAAACUCAAGGUACAGGUCUGUGAUGUAAAAUUUAUUGGCUGUUAUCAUAGAAAAGCCUUUGAAUGUACCACCCCAGCCUGCUUUACUAGCAAACAUAUCAAAAAGCCAUUUCAUGGGUCUUUAACAUUUCAUAUUGUCUAGAAAUCAAAGUGUUGUUUCAUGAAAGAAGAUGGGUUGGACCUUUCCCAAAGUGCACUGGCCCGUGAUUCGGGCUCUCAAUACACAGCGGUUUGCAAUGCCGCUCUUCCUAUUAAUGUCCGUCCGUUUCUGCUCAACAGAUAAUAAUAUAAUUUACGUUCGGUACAGUAUUUUAUUGUUGAGCGGAAACUGUAUGUCUAUUUCUGUUUAAACAAUACUGUAAAAUAUAUACAGACUUUGCUUUCUAUGAAAAGUGCAAGAGCUAAUUAAACAAAAGCAAUGUUUGGCCCUAAACUGUUAAUAGUAAGCAAAUAAAGCAAGAAGGAAUUCAAAUCUGUAUACAGACACAAACAAGCAGGUCACCCUGUUUACAAACCAAAUCAUGGCACUACUGAAGUGUACAGACAUGCAUGUACCAUCACGCUUUACAAAUCCUGACGUUUUUAACGUUUGUACAAAAUAUAAAUAUAUCGAUUCAGCUCAUAUCAUAAUAUGCUCAAGUCCAGAGGAUUACAGUCCUCUUGAUGGGUUUUAAAAGGUUGUAAAUGCACUUUUGCUCAACAUUCCAGCUUAUAUUGUCACAUUUUGCACCUGUAAAUUUACAAAGGCCACGUACACACUGUUUGGAGUGACAGCCACAUUUAAAAGAAGGAGUGAAUCUCUUAAAUGAUUGUGUAGAGAAUACAGAGGUCACUCUUGAAGCGGCGAUGAUUGGCAUAAUGAUACAGUAUCUAGAAGAAGAAACACUGGCCAUCAUCAGAAAACUCUCAUUGGAUGAUUCAGUGUUUAUUUAAGCAUCUAUAGGAGUUCAGUUCUGUGCACACUAAACAGAUGUCAUGUCAAUUUAGUUGUUAUUUGUAAAUGUGCUGUUAAAAGUGGCUGUUAUUCUCAUUCAGGAUGAGUUUAGUUAUUCAAAGGAAGAGUAAAAAGCAGUGGUGGCCGGUGAUUUCUUAUUCGAGGGCGCACGAUGCAAAACUUGUUACAACAUGUAUUUAGCUCGUCAUGUGUGUGGUUCAUCAUUUCAAAAUAUGUGUUCGGCGCAUCAUGUGAAACUAUCAUGCAUCUUGUCCAAAAAUAAGUGCACUUGCAUCUAAAGGGUUUAUGAUUAAAGUGACGCUCGCGUUUGCCAAAUUCUCCCUUAAUCUAAGAGUUUAGUGUUGAGUGAGUAUUUUGUGACUGUGAGCGUCUCUUUUAUCAUAAACCCUUUCCACGUGUGUGCAGCCAGUACUUCUUUUAACAAGAUGCAUGAUGCACAUAUUUUGAAUGAAGAGAAGUCACCGCCUGCCACUGGUAAAAAGCGCACUGUAUUUAUCUGGUGUGUGUGGCCUAAUUCAGCUUUUGAUCUGUGGAAAUGAAUUUAAAGUUGACAAAGCGUCUCACCUCUCACUCAGACAUACAUGUUGAAAUGAAACGACUUGUUGCCUGAUAUGUUGUGUGACCAUGAGCAGACCUACAUUUGAAUUCUGGGUUCAGUUUGAUUGAACCCUAAUGCCUCCACACCCACUGUGGCAUUAAACAACUCCAGACAGUAUUAGCUGCUUUUCAUGCGACGUGCAUGCUCAAAACCUGCGAGAGCCACAACUUUAUCUCCAUUACUUAAAACCACAUGCUGUAUUUAACCUCACUUUGAGUUGUUGAGUUUACAGAAAACUUUAUUCUCUGUGUGUAUUGGCCCAUUGAGCUAAAAAAUGAACAGUACGCGGCAAAAAAUUAUUUUCAAGAAAAAAAUUCUUAGUAUUUUUGUCUUGUUUUCAGUAAAAAAUAUCUAAAAAUUCUUAAAUUAAGAUGCUUUUCCUUGAUGAGCAAAACAACCCAAGAAAAUAAGUCUAG